UAACUUUCGCGAAAGGUUUUAAUUGUGCAUAUUUUGUAGGUUUUGGAGAUGGUUUAAUAUUCUGCCAUUCAUCUCCUUCAAUUAGAAAAAUAACACUGAUUUUAUUUUUAUGUGAUUUUAUUAUUCCUUGAUACACUGUAUCGAAUGGAAAUGCAUUCGCCAUGCAAUGGACUGCCAAACUAGAAACCUACCUGAAAUUUCUCUCCCAAAUGUAUCAAUGCAGCAUCUGUGCAGACGACUGUAUUGUUGGGAGUCUGCUUAUGUGUGAGUAUGCAUUUGACAUUUACGCAUUUAUACUUUUCAAAACAGAAUUCUGAAAUUAUUUUCAUGUCUACAAUUUGCGGCACUGAGCAUCUAAUCAGUUAGUUGUGCUCAGAGCCUCGAUGCAAGAAGGAUUCGCGUCAUCCGCAAUCUUCCAAUUGGUUAAGACUUUAUAAACACUUGAAACUGAUUAUAAUGAAAACUAUUAUUAAUACAGGCGAAAUGUAAAUUGACGAAAAAACAUAAAAUAUUUAAUUUUUAGCGUGUGAGUUAAUAUUGUAAUUGUUGAAUAUACUUUUAUUUUAUUUAAACUAUUGUGAAACUGUAUCAAAGAAGAACGUGUUUUCAAUUUCUGCUCAUGCGUAAUUUUCGAAACAGAUAUUGUAUAGAGGCUAAAAAGUGGCGCGUGUCAUUCGUAGUGUGAAAAUCGUGAAUCGGGUAAAUUGGAAGUUGCAAAUGCCCCACAUCACGCUACCCUCCGAAAAUAAUAAAAAUUAGGUUCGUCAAAUUGCCACAAUUUUUAAUAUUGCAGCAAAUAGAGUAUUCCUCAAUAACUUAUUAUAUCGCCGUAUUGAACAAACUGAAUGCAACAAUUUUACUUUGCUGGAGUAUACAAAUAGAAUUCACUAUCAGCCGACAAGAUUUGCAGGCUGCAUAUUUCAUACAGUAAGAUUAAAUGCACAGGGUGAUAUUUUGGUGACAAUAUGCAAAAUUGGGACACCAUGCAGGCUACAUCGGCUAACUACGAACAACACAACGCAUGGUACAACAGUAUGUUUGCCAAUACAAAUAUUAAAACGGAGCCAGGAACCACAAGUCCAUCUUUGGAACAAGAGCUGAAGUCGCCAGAGUCUAAUGUAGAUGUUAUUUCACACUUAGAAAAUUAUUUAAAACAUAACCAACAAACUUCACAUCAAAUAUCAGCUAUGGAUACGCUAUCAGCGAUGACGCCGUCCCCCAGCAACACAGACAGUAUGCAACAUCUAUAUGAUGGAAGUCUGCAGCAACAGUUACUACAGCAGAAACAUUAUCAACAGCACUUUCAACAAGCUCAGCAAGCAGCCGCACACAAUCAAGUUACGUCCUCGAAUCUACCACUUGGUUUCAAUCCACUUACGCCGCCCGGAUUACCAUCAGCGGUUAUACCUUCCAUAUCCCAAUAUUAUUGUCACCUGCCACAAAGUAAUAUUCGAACGGAACCUCAAACCCCUAGUCCUCUAUCGCAUCAAACACAAAUGACAACACCAAUGGACUCAAGUGAGAAAUUGCAGACCGCAUUAACACCACGUAAUACACCACCAAUGGAUAUUACGCCGCCUAAGUCGCCAAAACCUCAAAGUGCUGUUUGCGCCGAAACUAUAAAUUCGCUGGAAAAAGACCAGGAUGUGCAAUCCAAUUCAAGUGAUGAUAUGAAGUAUGCAGGCGAAUCAGGAGACGACGAAUCAAUUAGGUUCCCACUUUACAAUUCGCAUGGCAAAAUGAAAAACUACAAGUGCAAGACCUGUGGUGCAAUUUGGGUAACAAAAAUUCAAUUUUGGGAUCAUGUGCGAACACAUAUGAAACCCGACAAGAUUCUACAAUGUCCCAAAUGCCCAUUCGUAACGGAGCUAAAGCAUCAUCUCGAAUAUCAUAUACGUAAACACAAAAAUCUGAAGCCCUUUCAAUGUGAUAAAUGCUCGUAUACCUGUGUUAAUAAAUCGAUGUUGAAUUCCCAUCGUAAGUCGCACUCCUCCGUUUAUCAGUAUCGUUGUGCAGAUUGCGAUUAUGCCACCAAAUACUGUCAUUCUUUUAAAUUACAUCUACGUAAAUAUGAACACAAGCCAGGUUUGGUGCUAGAUGAAGAAGGUGUCCCGAAUCCAUCGGUUGUUAUUGACGUGUAUGGCACACGGCGCGGUCCUAAAUCAAAGUCCACAUCAGCUAGCAGCAAACGUAGUAAUAAUGCCAACAGUAGCAACGUCAAUGAGCGCUUGACAGUAAAAUCGCUGCAGAAUCAAAAAAACAGCACCGAUUUUAAAUUGUCUGAAGCGCAGCUUUCGACAAGUCUACAAUCAUUCUCAUUACCAACUCAACACCAUCAGAUGCCUGUGUCACCAGCAAAGAGUCCAAUCUCAAUAUCUGAGCUAUCUAUAUAUUCACAAAGGUUAUCUCAACAGCAGCAACAACCACAGCAGCUCUCUCAAAAUAUACAACGAAUGCAAAAUACACUUCAACAGCAGAAACCGAACCCGCCAAACGAAAAUACUGAAACAUCCUCUACUAAUUCCGCUAUUACGGAUACAAAUGCGUCUAUGACAAAUCUACUACCACCACUCGCUACGCUACUCCAACAGAAUCCCAAUAUGGCAUUCUUUCCCUACUGGAACUUAAACUUACAAAUGUUAGCUGCCCAACAGCAAGCCGUGGUCCUAGCUCAAAUGUCACCCAGCCGGCGAGAGAAAGCAUUGCAGCAACUACAGACUGCUCACUCGAAUAAAGAUGUCUAUGAUUCGACUCAUGAUGAGGCUGAUGAGGAGGAAGGAGACGACGUAGAAGAUGAAGAUGACCGAAAAUCAACAGACUCAGCAAUGGAUCUAUCACAAGGUUCACCAGUUAAAGAUGACCCGGAUAACCGGAAAACUCCCAUCAUUGCCUCUAAUAUAAGACUUCAAGACGAAUCUAACAAUACGCCAAUUGUUAGCACCAAUGGUGCUGCAAGACGGAAAGGACGAGUUCUGAAGCUCGAUGCCUUUUUGCAAGUAAAGUCUACGUCACAAUCGCCAGAAGAAAACGAAGAGAAUACAUUCAAUCAAACAAAUACCGAUGCACUAGUAUCUGCUGCCCCAUCAUCAUUGCCGACCCCAUUUUCCACUUCAACUGCUAAAGUGGAAGGAACGUCCAAAGAGUGUGAUGAGCUUGUGCAUAAUACGUUGCUUACCGCUAAAGAAAUCAACGCCAGUUCGACCGCCUCGUCGUCGGGAAAUAGCUCAAAUAGUUCUAGCACUUCUUCAACCGUAACGGCAAGUGAACGUGCGGCUACUGGCACUAUAUAUGAGUGCAAAUAUUGUGAUAUUUACUUCAAAGAUACCGUGAUAUACACCAUUCACAUGGGUUAUCACAGCUGCGAUGAUGUUUUCAAAUGCAACAUGUGCGGCGAGAAGUGUGACGGUCCUGUCGGCCUCUUCGUUCAUAUGGCGCGAAACGCGCAUUCAUAAGUAGAAUCGAGUAUUCAUUUCUUUGUUAGAUAAAACUGGUUGCGCUGGUAUAGAAUUGUAAAUAAUAUUGUAAUUAUAGGUUUAAAAUUCGAAUUGUAGAUUUGAGUUAGUAAAAUGUAAAGGGUUAAAUAAUUAUAAGGCAUAUAUUUCACACGACUAAUUUAGCUAUAGUAGGUUUACUCUAAUUUAUUUUAUUUACAAUAAAUUAUUAUUUGUGUAAAAUGUUUAAGAAAGAAUAAAUAUAAUUAUAAAAUAAUUUAUCAAAUAAUUAAAUCAUAGAAAAUGGUUGCGUUCCUAAGUAUUUGUGUAUGUAUGUACUAAAAUAGUCCCAGAAACCAAAUAAAUUUUGUUGUCCAAAAAUUAAUUUAUAUGUAUUUAUUUGUUUACGUAUAUAUGUGUAACAAUUAGAAAUAUUUAGUUGAUAUUAUAUUACUUGUCAAUCAUGUAAUGAUUUAUGUUCAAUAUUUAUGCAUAUACUGACAUGAACCAUACAUAUGUAUGUAUUUAGGUAUAUAUGGCAUGAACAAAUAUCCAAUCGUACGAACAAAAUAUAUUUGUAACUAAAACACAGACUACAUUUCUUAAUAAAAUUUGUCAUUUACUUGAAGAUACAAA